AUGUUGCUGGACGACGGAAGUCUGGAGUACAGAGGACGGACCUGUGGUGGCACAGCUGCACCGCCGUCACGCUUCGGCGAAGACACUACUGUGCUGAUGUUCUUCCCAUCAAAUCUUUCUGCUUCCGUUCCUCCUCCUGGCUGUGUUUGGGAGCUAACCCUGAAUCCACCAGAAGGAAUAGUAGCAGGGCCUGUGAAUGAAGAAAAUUUCUUUGAAUGGGAAGCCCUGAUCAUGGGCCCAGAGGACACCUGUUUUGAGUAUGGUGUUUUCCCUGCUAUCCUGAGCUUCCCUCUUGAUUACCCUCUAAGUCCUCCGAAGAUGAGGUUCACGUGUGAGAUGUUUCAUCCGAACAUUUACCCCGACGGGAGAGUUUGCAUCUCCAUUCUGCAUGCUCCAGGGGAUGACCCCAUGGGAUACGAGAGCAGUGCUGAGCGGUGGAGCCCGGUGCAGAGCGUGGAGAAGAUCCUCCUGUCCGUGGUUAGCAUGCUAGCAGAACCAAACGACGAAAGUGGAGCCAAUGUCGAUGCCUCCAAGAUGUGGCGGGAGGACAGAGACCAGUUCAGCAGAAUUGCCAAGCAGCUUGUGCAGAAAUCCCUUGGGCUUUAAAAAGAAACCGAGAGCCGAGCCGCCGUGGUUUGUGCUCCUCUCCAGGGACGGAGCGGUGCUGGUACCAAAAAGGCAGACUGGCCUGGUUUUUCCCUUGCUAUUUUUUUGUUACUUCCCCCCCUUUAAAAAUGCUCUGGCUCCUGAAUGCAAAUGUGUGGGAGGGGGACACGUUGUUAGAACUAAAACCGGACUCCACCCCAUUGCAAAGGCUGUGGAGUGCUACCUCAUCCGUUGCAUCGCCGCCGUGACGACUCUACACAGCAUGAAUUUGUUGCAACCGCCUCCUCCCCUCGCCCAGUCUCCCCAGGAGAGUGCACAAGUGAUUGUGCAUUGUGGAGCAGUGGGCUUGGAGGCCUUCCCCCCUCCCCCCCCCCC